AGUUCUGCCGCAUCGACAAGGCCCUGUGCCACGACGAGGACGAGCAGCUCAGCUUCGAGGCCGUGCGCAACAUCCACAAACAGAUGGACGACGACGCCAACGGCAACGUGGACGUGGAGGAGAGCGACGAGUUCUUGAGGGAAGACUUGAAUUACCAUGACCCAGCAGUCAAGCACAGCACUUUCCAUGGAGAAGACAAGCUCAUCAGUGUGGAAGAUCUCUGGAAGGCCUGGAAAACAUCUGAAGUGUACAACUGGACGGUGGACGAGGUGGUUCAGUGGCUCAUUUCCUACGUGGAGCUGCCCCAGUACGAGGAGACCUUCCGCAAGCUGCAGCUGAGCGGCCACGCCAUGCCCAGGCUGGCAGUGAACAACGCCACCAUGAUGGGGACUGUGCUCAAAAUGACCGACCGCAGCCACCGGCAGAAGCUGCAGCUCAAGGCUCUGGACACGGUGCUCUUCGGGCCUCCUCUGUUGACUCGUCACAACCACCUCAAGGACUUCAUGCUGGUGGUGUCCAUCGUCAUCGGCGUGGGCGGCUGCUGGUUCGCCUACAUCCAGAACCGCUACUCCAAGGAGCACAUGAAGAAGAUGAUGAAGGACCUGGAGGGUCUCCACAGGGCUGAGCAGUCUCUCCAUGACCUACAGGAGAGGCUGCAGAAGGCGCAGGAGGAGCACCGCUCGGUGGAGGUGGAGAAGGUGCACCUGGAGAAGAAGCUGCAGGACGAGAUCAGCAUUGCCAAGCAGGAGGCACACAGGCUGCGGGAGCUGCGCGAGGGCACCGAGAACGAGCUCAGCCGCCAGAAAUACGCUGAGCAGGAGCUGGAGCAGGUGCGGAUGGCGCUGAAGAACGCCGAGAAGGAGCUGGAGUCCCACUGCAGCUGGGCCGCCCCCGAGGCUCUGCAGAAGUGGCUGCAGCUGACCCACGAGGUGGAGGUGCAGUACUACAACAUCAAGAAGCAGAACGCAGAGAAGCAGCUGCUGGUGGCCAAGGAAGGGGCUGAAAAGAUCAAAAAGAAGCGAAACACCCUUUUUGGAACGUUCCAUGUCGCUCACAGUUCCUCUCUGGAUGAUGUUGAUCAUAAAAUCUUAACUGCAAAACAAGCUCUGAGCGAGGUGACGGCGGCGCUGCGGGAGCGGCUGCACCGCUGGCAGCAGAUCGAGCUCCUCUGCGGCUUCCAGAUCGUCAACAACCCCGGCAUCCACUCCCUGGCCUCCGCCCUCAACAUCGACCCGGGCUGGAUGGGCACGCCCCGGCCCAACCCCUCCCACUUCAUCAUGACCGACGACGUGGAUGACCUGGACGAGGAGCUGGUGUCACCCAUGUCCAUGCAGUCUCCGGCCUUGCCCAGCACAGUCCGGCAGCGCCUGGUGGAGCCGCAGCACGGCCACGGAUCGCAGAGGUUGGUAGAGAGUCCCGUGCCGGGGCAGCCCGAGGCCGGCCCCGUGGCCCCGCUGCGGGCGGGCCGAGUGUCCCUGCGCCGAAUGCACAGCCUCAGCUCCGGACAGUCCUUCAGCUCCGACCCGCCCGGCUCCACCUCCUCCACCUCCUGCUCCUCAUCCACCACCACCGCACCUGCUCCUGCUUGCCAUGUCCACCCUAUCUAUUACCAUCACACCACCUCUUAUUUCCUCCAGAUGGAUUCCAUCCCCGACCUGCCCCCUCCUGAUGUCACCUCUGGAGUUCGCUGUCGCACUGGGAGCUUUGGGUAUAUUGCUGUUUCUUUUCUAGCUGCCUCCUGCCUGCUGUGCCUCAGAGCUGGUGCUUGCUGGGGUGCUCUUUCUCUCACAUUCCUCCUGCCCUUUUUCUCCGGGCCUCUAUUCCAUGGUUUAUCCGCUUUUUUUCCUCCCACUGCUCUCCCGAGCCGCUGGAGCCUCUGAGGAGGAUUCCGUGGGCCGUCCCCACUCCCACGAGCUCAGUGUGGGCCUUCCCAAGGUGCUCUGCUGUUGUUUUACUGGAGCUGAGCAAAUGGAAAUUCCCAGGUGCUCGGUAUUCCCUGAACAAGGGGGUGUGAGGAGGUAACAGAACCCAUCACCAAACCCGGCCUCGUUUGAAGCCUGGACCUCCCUGGGCUCCUCACAAGUGAAUUGCAAAGGGAACAGGAUGGGUGGGGACCACGAGGUAGCAGCUGGAGAAAUUUGGGAUGCCAGAGUGGCAGUUCAGGAGUGACUCCUGGAGUGACCCUGCCUCUGGUUUGGUAGGGAUGAGGAAUUGGGGAAUUUUGGCUCAGGAAUGUCUGAGGAGGGAGCUGGAGCUGCUUUUGUUUGCUUUAGCUUGGUCCCUUUCAGUUGGCUCUGGAGAGCUGGUGCAUCCUCGGGACCGGUUAUCCUCCAUCCCUAAAUCCCAGAGCUGUCCCAGUUCACCUCGCUGCUGACAGGGAGGAGCAGGAAUCCCACCUGGUGCUCCAAGGGGGCUCUGCCAGGAAUGCUGUGUGUCCCAAGCUCAGCACCAGGUUCCUGGGGUGGCUUUCACCCGAGUGAGACCCCGGAUGUCCUCAUCCCACGGGUCCUGGGUGCAGUCCCGAGCGUCCCUGCAGGUGUGGGAUCCCCUGGGAUCAGGGCAGGGGGUCUGUGCUCGUGGCCUCAGGUGUCUCCAUGCAGGCAGUGGGAAGGCUGUGAUGGACCAGGGAAUGCUGUCCCUGCCAGGUUAUUCCAUCUCUGUUCCAUGCUUUCUCCAUGGCAAAACCAGAAACGCUCUCCUGAUCCUCAGUACUGGGGAGCAGACUGCUGGGAGAAGGCUGGGAGUCUCUGGGUGAGGCAGAGGAUGGGAGAAAUGUCCUUCCACCAUAAUUUCUCCGGGCAGGGAAACAUUGCCAGUCACCACAUCUUCACCCAUCCCAGCACGUUGUCCCAUUAUCCCCUUACCUGUGGGUCCCUGUGCCCUCAGGUGCUGGGAUCUCUCCUGGCCUUGCUCACAGCCUCUGGUUUGGAUGUUCCACCCCCUCCCUGCCCAAGCUGAGCAGCCCCAGGCACAUUCUGGAGUCUGGAAUUCCAAGGUGGAAAUUCCUGGACCUGCUCCACAAUGGAGAAUUAAAGAGCAGCAUCUCAGUGAA